AUGGGUGCCGACUGGGGUCCGGCAGUGGUGGCUGUAGCGAUGUUCAUCGUCUUCUCUCCAGGGCUGCUGUUCCAAUUGCCAGCAAGGACAAGGAUGAUUGAAUUCGGCAACAUGUACACUAGUGGCAUCUCGAUUUUGAAUGGAAACUCCACUCGUCUGAAAGUUCCCGAACUCAACGAUUCGGUUCCGGCCCGGAACCUGAAUCAGCAGGCCCGGCGUCAACAGUACGAACAAUACCACCGCCACAAAAACUGGGCCCCAGUCGGACAUCUUUAG